AUGUCAUCUGAAUGGCCCGAUGCACAACUAUCAAAUAUACAGAAGACUUUGCAAAACAGUUGGCAAAUUCCAUAUAUAUCAUUAUUUGCUCGUAUAUUUUGUGAUGCUUUUCAAUUAUUUGAUUUUCAUCAAGAAGAAUUAGAAGAUGCUUUAUUAUCGGAUAAUCCAAACGAAAUACAUCCAUUUUUACAAGAACUUCUCAUAUCUCUUCUCUCCGGAUUGACACGGUUACAUGUCAAUUCGAGUAAUAUGUUUGUUGUACUUACCAAUGCACUCAAACGAUGUGAUCUGAAUAUUAAUUUUUCGACUCCAUCAACUACAAUGACAGUAUCUGAUGAUUCAAUAGCAACAACAGAUUGGCAUGAAAUGUCUAUUUUUGAAAAGGUUACUGUACUUCGUGCUUUAUGUGACGCACGAUUAAAUAAAGCUGAUAUUGAUCAAGUAACUGAGAAUAUGCCAGCUGAUUCUCUUCGUUUUGAACCAUUUGGUGAAGAUUCACGUGGAAAUAAAUUAUGGUAUUUUGGUGAUACAAGACUUUAUUGUGAUUCACGGAAUAAAAAUACUGAAACAUCAACAUGGGAAUGUGUAUGUCGUACAUUAGACGAAUGGAAUGUUUUUAUUGAAAAUUUUCGUAAAUUAUGUUCAAAAAAGAAUUCGAGUAUUAAAGAUCGAAAAUUAUUAGAACGUCUAAUAGCAUUGAAUGCUGAUUUACCCGAUAUAUAUUCACGUAAAGAUCGUGAAAGACAUCGUCGUUGGACAACAUAUGAACCAAAACGUACAUCAACACGUCUUGAAGCUAAACGACAACAACGUCUUGAAUUAGAAGAAAUAACACAAGAACAAAAAGCACGACAUGAUAAAUUUCUUGAAUUUAAAAGGCGACAAGAAGAAAUUAUUGCUAGAGAAAAAGAACGUCUAGAACGUAAUGAACGUGUUAAAAGAAGAGAAGAACGUGCAGAUCGAAUUCGUCGACGAACAGCAGCUGGAUCAUUACAAGGUAUUGAUGGUUCAGAAUUUUCAGAAAAUAGCAAUACAUCAUCAACAUUAAAUGAUGAAAAUCAUCAUCCAAUUGAUACUCAUGAUAUACAUCAAAAAGUAUUAACACUAUUAAGAACAAAUGAAAAUAGUUGGCCAUUUCUUGAACCUGUUACUGAAGAAUUAGCACCAAAUUAUUUCUCAAUAAUACAGAAUCCAAUAGAUCUUUCAAAGAUACAACAAAAAAUAAAUAAUAAAAUUUAUGUUAAUAAUUCCGCAGAAUUUAUUCAAGAUAUUGAGUUAAUGGUUGCUAAUUGUGAACAGUACAAUGGCAAACGAAGCAUAUUAGGUCGAUUAGCUAAUCGUCUUCUAUAUUAUUUUAAAGAAUGCUGGUCUGAAUGUCAACCAGUUACACCACAAUUUGAUGAUGAUAUAGAUGUUUUAAAUCAUAGAGAAAAUCCAUUAAGAAAAUCAACAAUUAUAACACGAGAUAAAAAUAAUAAUACAAGAACAAGAAAGAAUUAUCGACAAUUAGCUGGUCUAAGUGAUGAUGAUGAUGAUGAUAAGGAACCUGAAUAUAUGCCAAUACCAAAUUCGAAACGAGCUCGUCAUUCAGUUCCUCCUGUACCAAUAUAUAUAACUGUUGAUGCAAAUUCUCCUGCAUAUGUUGUUUAUCAUGAUCAUUCAUAUUUUAUUCGUCAUGAAUCAAUAGAUGAAUUACAACGACGUAAAACAUCAAUUCCAACAAAUAAUAUUCAAUCGAAUAUAGAAGAAAAACCAUCUGUUCAAGUUCUUAAUCAAUUACUUCUUGAACGUCCACAAAAAACGAAAAUUUUUCAAUCAGAUUCUUCAACAUCAACAACUCCUAUUGAUUUUACUGCUAUUCUUCGUGCAUUAUUAGUUAAACAAGGACAUCAAUUAACAUCAACUAUACCUAAAGAAACACUUGAAACUAAAAUAAAUGAUAAUACAUCUCCGUUUUCAUCAUCAACAGCUACUUUAUAA